UAAUAGCUUGUAGCCGUACAAGACUUCUACAACAAAACAAGAAGAUAGCUUGUAACGAGGUCCUCUCUACGCGUUUUUUGAGUCACUUCUAACGUACCUGCAAGGCUGUGAAGACUCUUACAGACUCUUAUAUAUCAGAUAGUACCUCAGUGAUAUUUCUACAGCCUACAGGAGAGCUUUUUAUCAUGUUAGCUUUGCCUCAAGUGAGAACUCUGAAGAGACCAAGACAAAACCUCCACGAUGAAGAGGAGGAGGUUGAAAGGGACUGCCUUUCUCGAAAACUCAACACAAACUGCUACAACAAAGAAUCCAACACCUCGAUGCUAGUGUCCCUCAACACACUACUAUGGGCUCCUAGACCAACCACUGCAACAUCUGAUGAAACCUCUGAAAGCAAUGGCUCUGAUUCUGAGCCAAGCAGCAGUACCGGACAAUCUGGCAGCACCGAUGAUGAAUUGAAUAACGGAAUAAGUGAACUCACUGUCGAUGGUGUUAAACAAAAUUCACUCAAAGAUUUCCCAGAAAUUGAACAAAAUUUGCUGUUUGGGGAGACAGAGUUAUAUACAGACACUUUUGUUGGUAACACUGUCGUAGUGGGUGGCUCACAAGAGGAGGUUGAAGAAAGCAAAGAUUCGAGUUGCGACGGUGAUAGUGAGCUAGAGGACUGUGCCUUGUGUGACCCUUGUGACUUUGGUGAUGGUGUGGAGCCAGAGUUUGCGUUCGGAGAUCAACUGGUGGACGUGACUGAGUCGAGUGGAGACAGCGGAUUCUAUCUCAGUGAUGACGAUGAUGUUUUCUCGGAUGAGGCUCUACAAAACGUGAUGCCAGUACGGAGAAGAGGACUCACAAGACUCAGACUCUCACACCAAGAGAUUACAAAUGAGGAUGUUGAACUGUGCUAUGGUUCCAGCAGCACCCCCUCCCAAUCGUACCAUGGCCUAAUAUCCUCCGUAGCCUCCACACCUCAAACCUCUACACCACCUGACCAUGUACCCAGCGGCAACCACAAUCACAACAAUAAUACACUGAGACAGAGGUUAACACAGAGACUGGAUGUCGAUGAUGCUAGCCCAGCAAGAACUGAGUCCUCAAUGUUCUCUCCUGGCUACACCUACUACGCUGAGUGCGGCACACACUACACACUUGUACACAACCCCUCUGACGGCAGCUACUACUCCGUCCUCCACCAUCCUGACCUGCAACCCCAGACUGACCCACGAUGCUACAGCACAGGUUACACACACGUUGAGGUAACAGUGCCGGAGGUUAAUGGGAGAAGUACAGAGGAGAGUCAACCUGACCAACCCUGUGAGAGAGAGUAUGCUGAGACCAUCGAAGCCACUCCUAACCCCUACUACUCGACACAAGCUCCUUAUAUUCCUUAUUCUGCUCCACAUUUAAUAGGAGGGCUCCCACCACUUGAUCCCUAUGCGUUCAUCAAGCACCUCCCCUCUCUACCGGAGGUGGUACUGAGUCGACCUCCUGCCCUCCCCAACAAGACCAGGAGAGCUCCUGAAUACACACUAGCACUGGACCUGGAUGAGACGUUAGUUCACUGCAGUCUCACACAUUUGGACAACCCUGACUUCACAUUCAACAUUGACUUCAGUGGCACCAACUACACUGUCUCUGUUAGACUGAGGCCGUUCUUUAGAGAGUUCCUUGAGAGAGUAUCACAGAAGUUUGAGGUCAUCCUCUUCACAGCCUCCACUAAAGAGUACGCUGAUAAGCUGAUGAAUCUACUGGACCCUCAUCGCAAGCUGGUACAACACCGAUUGUUUCGUGAGCACUGUGUUUGUGUAGGGGGCCUGUUUAUCAAAGAGCUCGGUAUUCUCGGACGUGAUCUCUCAAAGACGAUUAUAGUGGACAAUUCACCGCAAGCAUUUGGUUAUCAGAUGUCUAAUGGUGUCCCUAUCUCUAGUUGGUUUGUGGAGGACACUGACUCUGAGCUCAUGCAAAUGGUGCCCUUCCUGGAGUCACUCCUAGACAAGGAUGAUGUUCGGCCUUAUAUUCGAGACAAGUAUCGCGUUCACGAACUGUUACCACAAGACUCUCAAACUUGCCAAACUAACGAUAGCUCUGAGCUACCAAGAGAACAUUAACAACCUCCCCCCUUCCUUACACUGCCCCUAUUAUUAGCCAAUCUAAUUGCUCUUUAUUACCCACCCACCCUAUAAUUAUAUGGUAUAUGUGUUAUUCUUAUGUAUGUGUUGCACUGAGUAUGUUUUGUACAACCCAAUCCAUUCAAGCUCUCUUCUCUUUCUGUUGCACUGGAGUUAUUUUGGUUUUGUUUUCCUACUUCUCUCACUAAAUAUUUUAUGUUACCCUCUUUACUUUGUUGAUGUGUAUCACAGGUAUA